AUGGGUUUGCUUUCAAAUCACUUCCAACCAUGUUGGCUUGCUGUUUACGAGGGGCUUCCAAAAAUUGCCAACUCAUCAUCGUCCUCAAAAAUUAGCAAAUUAUUAUUGAGAUUCUUGGAGUUUGAUUACCAGGAUCAAUCUGACUUGUACAGUCCAUAUGAACCACAACAACUUGGACAUGAAGAAUCUUCAAUAGCAAAAUCUCAACCUUCAGAUGAGCGUUUUUCCACUAGUUUUGUCAAGGUCCUGGAAACAGUCUUCUUGUCUAGCGCUGAUGUUCUAGCUGCUUUGUUUGAUUACUCGAAGAUCAAUCGCGAGCUCCACUUGUACAAACCACUUUUAAGAGCUAGGGUCAUCAAGGCGCUUCAAUCUGUCCCUUCUGUGGCCGAAUCCUUGGCUUCAAAACUUAUUGACAUUUCUGUCAGUUUAAUGGGAGAUGACAACGAAGCGGAUGAACUUGAAGAGCUUAAAGGAUGGUCAAUGAAAGAUAAACUUGAAUUGAUUGCUGUGUUCACAAAGUUUCGGAGUUUACGGAAAGUUGAGGGCCAAGCCAAGUUGCAUGCUCUUAUGUUGCAUUGCUUGACAUCAAGACAAAGCAACGUACAGAAACAGGCACUUGACGUGAUUUUUGCUUUCAAUAAGCCGUCAGUCAACAAAUAUAAGGACAACUUGAAGAACUUACUUGAUGACAAGCUUUUCCGUGAUGAACUUCAAUCUCUCACGGCAUCUGGUUCAGACUCUAAAAUUGAGCAAGAGGACACCAAUGACGUUAUUCCUAUUGUUUUGAGAAUACUCUAUGGUCGAGCUAAAGGUGCAUCCAGUGGCAGUAACAAGUCGUCCAGAAAGUUCGCUAUUGCCACUGUUUUGCCUAACCUACCAGAUAGUUACAUCAAGCAAUUCCUUGAUAUAGUGAGUGAGCGUAUCGACCACUCAAAAUUCUUUGAUAAUGAAGAAGUUCCUAUUGUGAGCAAGCAGGACCUAAAGAAUAUGGUGGGUUAUCUCAAUAUGUUGUCCGAUGUUUACAAUGCAUUAGGGCUCAAAUAUGGAGAAGUCUUAAGAUCUACCAUACCUCCACUUAUUUACUGUUUGGUGGUUGCACAAAACUUUAUUGAUGGUGAGCACGAAGACGAAAUUCUCAAUAAGAUUGCCAGGAACAUUCGUCAAUUAGGCUUCAAAUGUCUUAAUACUCUCUUUAAAAUUUUGAUUGGAACUCACAGCUGGAGUCAGGAAGCUCCUGUUUUGUACAACUUGGUGGUGAGACCUAGAUUGGAACAUUUUGCCAAUGAAAACGCUCAACAGCCUUCGUCUUUGAUGCAAAUUAUGCUUGGAUGGAUUGAAUCUACGAACUUAGUACCUUUCCUCUACUUUGAAGAUUUUGCUCCUGUGAAAGCAAUCAUGUCCUUGCUUUCAAAUCCUCACACCAAAGAUACUGUUAUUACAGCGAUCUUGGACUUUUGUAUGGCGGCAUUGAUGAAAAAAGAUGUGGAAGGUGAUGAAUAUUUCAAAGUCUUGGCACUUAUUGUGGAUGGAUUGCUCCGCGUGUUACCACAAAUCUUGGAAAAGUCUCUGGAUCGAGACAUCAACACUAAAGCCUCAACCAUUUUGUUAUUGGCUAUUGAGGGAGAUUUUAUCAACGACAAUGACACAAAGAGCCGCCUUAUUACUGCAUCAACUCUGGCAUUGAAUAAAUCUCCCUUCCAAAUAAGCAACAAUGACAAGGUCAGCAUCCUUCUUUCUCUUGCUUCUUUGUUAGACGGUUUUGAUUGUUCCUUUGCUGAUAUUGAGCCAUUGUAUGAGGUAUGUUCAAAAGCUUUUCGCUCUUAUAAGGACCGGAAUGUGAGAGAGUCUUUAGUGAAAGUAUUCAAGGCGAUGAGCCGCACAUUUGUCGAGCUUGAGCAAACUGCCUACCUCCUUGAAGAAUUGAAUUCUUAUUCUCCUAGACGUAUGGCAGAACCAGACUUUGAUAGACGGAUUAGUGCAUUCAAGAUCAUUAAUGGGGAUCUCAGCCAGAAAAUGACUAGGUUGCAAUGGUUGCCUAUCUUAUAUUCGUCGUUGUUUUUCAUCAAUGACACUGAAGAAAUUUCCUUGAGAUCCAAUGGUGCAUACGUGUUGAAAAGAUUCGUCGAUGCAAUGGCAUCAAAGCCUUCUUUAAGUGACGCAGAAGAACUAAUCGGUGUUUUCCAGUCAGUGGUUAUGCCGUAUAUACGCUUGGGAUUGAGAAAAGAAGAUGAUAAUGUUAAAGAAGAAUAUGUGGGUGUUCUUGCUCAUAUUGUUCGCAAUUCGGAUUAUGUUCCACUGUUUGCGAAAAUGAAGGUCCUACUUUCAGAUGAAGAUGAUGAAAGGGACUUUUUCAAAGGUAUUACUCAUAUUCAGAUUGGUGCUCGUCAACGUUCUUUGAAACUCUUAAUCGAGUUGAGAAAUGAAAUUGGUGCAGAUUGCCUUUACCAUUAUAUCUUACCGAUUACUGAGACUUACAUCGUCUGUAAAGAUGAAAGAUACCGUAACAUUUUGGACGAUACUCAUGAGGCUUGGUCAUAUUUAGUGCGUUGUUUGAAUUGGAAUGACUUCAAACAAUUGUUCAAGAAGCAUCUCACAGCCGUUACAAAAUCAGAGCCUCAGUACUUGAGAGACAAUGUGAAUAUUCUUGUUCGCAUCUCUCAGGCUCUUUUGAGCUCUAGCCUGAAUGCCAAGAACAAUGAGACUACGGAUGUUAUGGAAGAUUGGCCAGAACAAUCGAAAAUUGAUAGCUUUGUGACAAAGGACUGUUUGCCUGCAAUUAUGAAAAUCUUAAAAGUGAGAGAUGACGAAACCGUUGUCGCACGCACACCGCUAGUCGAAGUCGCUGUGGAUUUGCUCUUAUGCGCUUCUACGGAAAUCACGGAAGUUGAGUUGCCUGGUACCUUAACUAGUACUUGUCAAGUAUUGAGAUCGAGAACUCAGCAUUUGAGAGAUGCUGUUCGUAAAACUCUAAGCAGGGUUGCGAAGACGUUGGGAGCAAGAUAUUUCAGGUUUAUUGUGAAGGAGUUGAAGAGUGCUUUGUCUCGUGGUGCUCAAAUUCAUGUUUUGAGUUAUACUCUUCAUUCCUUGUUGGUGGCUGUUAUUGAUAGCUACGAGUCUGGCGACUUAGAUGAGUCUUGUCAGAUGAUUGUUGCUAUUAUCAUGGAAGACACUUUUGGUGCUGCCGGACAAGAGAAAGAUGCCGAAGAUUAUGUCAGUAAAAUGAGAGAAGUCAAGUCGAAAAAGAGUUACGACUCCGCCGAAAUUCUUUCUUCCAAUAUUACGUUGCCAAACUUCCGCUUAAUUUGUUGA